AUGCUGUCCAGUUUCCCGUCCAUUGAGUUCACGCUGAUGGUAGGGAUCGGUGCGGGGGUCCCAAAAACUAUCGACAUAAGGCUGGGGGGCGUCGUUGUGAGCAAACCUACGGGAAACAUCGGCGGAGUUGUCCAGUAUGACCACGGCAAAACCAUGGCAAAUGGUCGGUUCAUGCACACAGGCUCCCUCAACAGGCCGCCGCAAAGACUUCUUAUUGCAGUUUCGGACCUGCAACCAGAGCAUAUGAUGGGUACGAAUCGCUUACCAGAGUUUCACCUUGAGGCGCAAACCAAAUACCCUGCCAUGACCGAUUUUGUGCUCCCGCCUGCUGGCAACUUUCUGUUUCGAGCUGAUUACAACCACCAAGAGGACAAUCUGCCGUGUUACUUUUGCGACCAGAGAAAUCUUGUUAUAAGGCGGCCCCGGCCGUCACAGAUUCCGCAGAUCCAUUACGGCCUGAUUGCGUCGGGAAAUCAGGUCAUGAAGGAUGCCUCUUCUAGGGAUCGUGUUGCAAAAGAGCACGGCAUUAUUUGUUUCGAGAUGGAAGCAGCCGGGCUGAUGAAUAGCUCGCCCUGUCUGGUCAUUCGAGGAAUAUGCGAUUAUGCCGAUUCCCACAAAAGCAAGGAAUGGCAAGGCUAUGCAGGAUUGACAGCCGCUGCUCAUGCGAAAGAGCUACUGGCUGUACUGCACAUUGAAGAUAUGGCCGGUGACUAUGUUAGAAACCUGGAAAAGGAUUCUGAUGACAAUUCUCUUGUUGAAGUCUCGAGAUAUGAAUCCCUCUCCCUGCGAUCGGAAUGGCAUAUCGUCCAACGUGAUGGAGUUACUCUCUACAACAUUUUCGAGCGGCUUUCAAGCUACGAUCCACAUCGAACCUGCCGCAACAUUUGGAGCCGUAAAUGCCCCGAUACCGCCACUUGGAUCUUCAGCAAUGCCUUUUUCAAGGGCUGGCUUGCGCAAGGCGGAUAUCCUUGUCUAUGGAUCACAGGAAAAAUUGGAUGUGGAAAGACAUUCCUAACGAGCUCAGUCAUUCAGUUCCUCGAGAACUCUCCACAGAGUUCCAACACAUUGAUCGCUCACUUUUUCUACAACUAUGGAGAUCCGACGAGACUGAAGGCAAUGGACUUGCUUGAGAGCUAUACCAAACAAAUCCUUGGAUACCUCGCUCGGAUCCGUAAACCAUGCCCAAGCAGAAUUUCCACCAACCUGAAGGAGCUAUAUGGCCCCGGAAAAUGGCCACUAUCGCCAAGAGAGAUGAUAGAUGAGGUGUUCUUGCCUGUUUGCCGAUUUGUUCCAGACGCCAUCUUUAUCGUGGAUGGCCUUGAUGAGUGCGACCGACAUCAUGUUGUUCAAGUACUUGAUGUAUUUCGGACGUUGGUGCUCGAGAAUAAGACGAGAAUCUUGAUAUCUGGGCGAGAGGGGCUGGAUGUGACCCAAGCAAUCACAGGAUCGAGGACUCUUACCAUUGCAAACCAUGGCAAUGGCAGCGAUAUUCUAAGAUUCAUCGACUGGAAGAUUGAUGAGAAGAUGCGCGACCGCUCAUUGACCGACAAUCCAGCUAUGCUUCGGAAUAUUAGGCAAAGCCGACUCCAGAUCACUGAAAAUCGCUAUUAG